GAACUACCAAGGCUUCUGAAGCAAACCAUCCAACAGAAUUAUCAAAGGAUUUUUCAUGAGAAAGAUGGAGAGCUGGACUUUGGUUAUGUGCCUCUUAAGUACUACAUUUGCAAUCCCACUACCACAACAUCCUGGUUAUAUCAAUUUCAGUUAUGAGGUGAUGACACCUUUGAAAUGGUUUCAGAGCAUAAUUGGACACCAGUAUCCACGUUACGGCUAUGAGCCCAUGGGAGGGUGGAUGCACCAUAAUGCAGGACCAAUGAUGCAACCACCUCACUUUCAUGGGGUCCAUGCAAUACACCCAGCUCUCCAUCAAAAGCAGCCACAUCAGCUUCCUCAGAACCCACAAUUGCAGCAACCAGGCCUUAAUGCAUUUGUUCCACUAAAUGGGCAUAAUGCAUUAAUUCCACACUAUCAGCAUCCACUUCAACCACAAGCAGGCGAGCAUCCAAUGCAACCCCUACCACCAGUAAAUCCAAUGAACCCUCAGCAACCAGGGAAUGCCAAUCAGCCCAUGUACCCACUACCUCCCCUUAUCCCAGAUACACCUCUUGAAUCAUGGCCAGCUGACAAAACCAAGAAAGAAGAAGUGGAUUAAACAAUGAAGAUACCAGGAUUAAAGAAGUGAAGAUACCAGAAUAAUGCAAGCAAAGCAAUAAUUUGGAUACUGUUACAUGCUUUCAAGAGUCCAAAGUUUUUCUGCAGUUAGUAAUAAAAGUUUCCAUUAAUCCAGAUUUAUAGAAUUAUAGAUAGAAGCAGAUAAAAGAAGAAAACAAAAAUUGUUCAGUAAUUGUGGAGGUAUGAUUUUUGAGGUAUAACCAAUAAAGUACUAUAGCAUCA